AAAAAAGAGGAAAAUUGGUGGGAAAUUUGAGAAAGGGCACAACUUGGUUUCGGAGCGAGCACAGGGGGGCGAAAAAAUAAUUGGGAAUUUAUUUUAUUUUAUAGUAUCGAUUAUAAACGGUCCGUGUUUUUUGUGGGAAGAUUUUGUGUGCUCUUUUUUUGUUUCCUCAUUUUUUUAGUGAAAAAGUACAGAGAUUUUAUGAGGUGGUGGUGAUUUUGGGCGGGGUGCGAACUAAAACAUCGGUUUCUCUGGUGGAGUGAGUGCUCUCACCGCUCGGGGCUGGCCUUGCAGAACCUGAAUUCUGCUAUUUCAUGACGAUUUUUGUGACCAUCUUGCUAUUUAGCUUCUUCAUGAAGCAGGGGAAUUGAUCACAGGAGUCUGUGAAGUUGAGGUUUCUUGGGCUUUCAGGAAGAUGGGGAUAUUGAUCAGUUUUUGCGCUCGUUUGUGAGGUACUAAUAUAGAGUGAUAAUGGUAGAAGACAGGGAUUGUGAUAGUAGUGGCAUGAUAUAUCCAAUCAUCGGAUGUGUGUGUACCGGUUUACAUGCAGCUUUAAGUGGAUGACAAUGGAGACAUCAUCUGAUCACCUUAAGAACCAGGACGAUUCAUCUGGGGUUUGUGAGGAAGAUAUACUGGCCGACCCCUAUGUGCGUUCUAUUAAAUGGAGUGAUGUUAGCUUGAGGCAAUGGUUGGAUAAGCCAGAAAGAUCUGUGAAUGCUCUGGAGUGCCUUCAUAUAUUUAGGCAAAUAGUGGAGAUUGUUAACAUAGCUCAUUCACAAGGCAUUGUUGUUCAUAAUGUGCGUCCUUCAUGCUUUGUGAUGUCCUCUUUCAACCACGUAACUUUUAUUGAGUCUGCAUCAUGUUCAGAUUCUGGCUCUGAUUCUCUUGAGGAUGGACUAAAUAGUCAAAUUGCAGAGGUCAAAAAAUCAUCUUCUCCCUUCCCAAGCAGCCAUGGAAGCGAGGGGUUUCGAUCAGUUAUGACCCCCAUAAAUACUUUGUCGGAAACUAGUUGUAUGCAGUCCAGUUCAGUAUAUGCAGCACAUAUGCCAUUAAACGAAGGGUCUGGAGAAUGUAGAAAGAAAGAUAGAAGACAUAUUGAAGAAGCAGAAGAUAAGAUGCAAUCAUUUCCAAUGAAACAGAUAUUGGCCGUGGAGACUACUUGGUACACUAGCCCCGAAGAGGCUUCUGGUGGCCCCAGUUCCAGUGCUUCAGAUAUAUACCGUUUAGGAGUUCUUCUUUUUGAGUUAUUCUGCUCCUUCAGCUCGAGAGAAGGGAAGAGUAAAACUAUGUCGAGCUUGAGACAUAGAGUGCUUCCUCCUCAAUUGCUGUUGAAGUGGCCAAAAGAAGCUUCAUUUUGCUUAUGGUUACUGCAUCCUGAGCCAAGUAAUCGGCCUAAGCUAAGUGAGUUAUUGCAGAGUGAAUUUCUUAAUGAACCAAGAGAUGAUCUAGAAGAACGUGAAGCAGCAAUCGAGCUUAGAAAAAGAAUUGAGGAGCAGGAUUUGCUGCUAGAAUUUCUUUUGCUUACACAACAAAGAAAACAGGAAGCUGCUCAUAGGUUGCAAGAUACUGUAUCAUUUCUGUGCAAUGACAUCGAACAAGUCACGAGACACCAAACUAAUUUCAGGAAAAAGAAUGGUUCUUGCCCAGAUCUUGAGAAGGACAAUCAUUUGCAAUUAAAUUUCCCUUCAAUGACUCCUGUUGAAAAUACUGAUUCUGCUAGCUUGGGGUCAAGGAAACGAUUUAGGCCAGGAAUUUUGAUCCAUGAUAUGGAAGCAUGCGGUGAUAAUCUUGAUGACAGUGAGAAGUCAAGCUCAGCUAAUGAAAAUGAACAAGGCGUACUUUUUAAGAGUUCUCGGUUGAUGAAGAACUUGAAGAAAUUGGAGCUAGCAUAUCUUUUGAUGAGAGGUAGGGUAAACAAGCCAUCGGGGAGGCAGUUUGUUAAGCACUCGUCUAUAAGUAGUGAUGGUAGAGGGUCGGUUGUUAUGACUGAAAGAAGUUCAGUUAAUAAUUUGGCUCCCAAAGAGAGUUGCAAUGAUAAUAGACAAGGUGGGUGGAUAAGUCCAUUCCUGGAGGGUUUGUGCAAGUAUCUAUCCUUUAGCAAGUUAAAAGUCAAGGCAGACUUGCAGCAAGGCGAUCUGUUGAAUUCCUCCAACCUAGUAUGUUCUCUCAGUUUUGACCGUGAUGGAGAAUUUUUUGCCACAGCCGGUGUUAAUAGGAAAAUCAAAGUGUUUGGAUAUGACUCAAUCAUAAAUGAAGACCGUGAUAUUCAUUACCCUGUUGUUGAAAUGGGUAGCAGGUCAAAACUAAGCAGUGUUUGUUGGAAUCGUUACAUCAAAAGUCAAAUUGCUUCAAGUAACUUUGAGGGCAUAGUGCAGGUGUGGGAUGUCACAAGAAGUCAAGUAGUCACUGAAAUGGGAGAACACGAGAGGCGCGUAUGGUCCAUCGACUUCUCAUCAGCCGAUCCAACAAUGUUGGCUAGCGGGAGUGAUGAUGGUUCUGUUAAGCUAUGGAGUAUCAAUCAGGCAAUUCUAUUUUUGCACUUGGGUACAAGUAUUGGCACAAUCAGAACAAAAGCCAAUGUCUGCUGUGUACAGUUUCCUGCGGAUUCUGGUCGGUCCCUCGCAUUUGGUUCAGCAGAUCACAAAAUUUAUUACUAUGAUAUUCGGAAUAUAAGAGUUCCUUUGUGCACCUUCACUGGACAUAACAAAACUGUAAGUUACGUCAAGUAUAUAGACUCGAGCACACUUGUUUCUGCAUCCACUGACAACACCUUGAAGCUCUGGGAUUUGUCCACAUUCACCUCUCGGGUUGUCGAUUCCCCAGUCCAGUCAUUCACGGGCCACAUGAAUGUAAAGAACUUCGUGGGACUAUCAGUCUCUGAUGGGUACAUUGCUACAGGUUCAGAGACAAAUGAGGUUUUUAUCUACCACAAAGCCUUUCCAAUGCCAGCAUUGUCGUACAAGUUUCAAAUGGAUCCUCUUUCCAGACACGAAAUGGACCACACCGUGCAGUUUAUCUCUUCAGUUUGUUGGCGUGGCCAGUCGUCUUCAUUAGUAGCUGCUAACUCAACUGGGCAUAUCAAAAUUUUGGAAAUGGUUUAGAGAGAGCCAAUGGUAUUUAAAUAAGGGUAAGUGUUUGCAGAAAAUAUUGAGGCAGAGUAGUAUGUUGUAUACCCAAGAAGCUUGUGCAGCUAUAUAGUUUUUACAGAAGGUUAGAUCUUUAAUAUUGAGCAACAGUAAUUUGGCA